UGAGAAAGAAGACCACCUCUCCCCGACAUGCCCAAUGGAUAUCUCACCAAGGAGGGCCGGUCCUGGCUUCAUGGCGUUCCGUGAGCGGGGUCUCCCUGAGUGCCUCGCUCCAGCUAUGGCAACCUUUGCCGAGGUGUACCAUGGAGAUGCGCCCGCCACCAGGCCCAGCAUCUCCAGUCGAUGAUGUCGACACUGGGGAUGGAGAAAGCAGGUGGCUCUGUCUGUUGACAUGCCUGGCACACGCCCGCCGGGUAUAAGAAUCGGGAUGCUGCCGUACUGUCUCUACUUCUUGGUUUUCCCCUUGAACCAUCACCAAUCUCAGGCGUAAUCACUAGGCACAGACACCUCGCUCGUUUAUCCCUACCCACUAGCAGUCUGCCGUCUUCAGUUCAGCUAUGUCGUUGAGUACUCUCCGCACAAGUAUCGCCGCCCUGGCACUGGCUGGCAGCGUCAUUGCUGCCCCAACUGGCCAAGCUGCGAACCUCACGGCGCUCACGACGCUCGGCUACAAGGACAUUUCUACAUACGACAGCUGUGACUGCAAGAGAUGGUACGGCAACGAGGAGCGACUCACCUUUGACUGCGAUAUCCGCAUCGGAGACCACAAGCAGUCUCUAUACGUUGAUGAGGAGGCCGCUGCCUUCUCGGAUUUCCACAAGGACAGCUACGGCCGGCUGACCUGCAGCGGCGACUUCUUUGGCUACCUUCACCGGGGCUGCCACGACCUGGAGAAGAAGUAUCACAGCCGCAUCCGCUGCCUGCGUCCCGUCCCCAGAGGCUGGCUGGAGCACCAGGCUAGCGGGUACGCUCAUGGUGGCCACGGUCACUCGAGCUACGACCAUAACGACUACGAUUCCGACUCGGAUUCCGACUCGGAUUAUUCAGACUCUGACGAUGGUGACUACUAUGGCGGCGAGUGCCCCAACCAUGAUCGCCAUGACUACGAGACCUGCAAGUAUCGCCAUCAUGGAUAUCACGGCCAUGGUGGGUACGGUCCUGUAGUGUAUGGCGGCUAUGGCGGAUACCAUGACUAUGGUUACCCCAGCCGCUAUGGUGCCUAUGGCGGGUAUGGUCAUGGCGGUUAUGGUGGCUACGGCAAAGAGUAUCACCAUGGCGGCUACGGCGGAGAACACGGUGGCUUUGGCGGCUACGGCAACGAGCACUAUGGCGGCUACGGUGGUGAGCACCAUGGCGGCUACGGUGGUGAGCACGGCGGCUUCGGUGGCUACGGCAAUGAACAUCACCACGGCGGCUACGGCGGCGAAUACGGCGGUCUUGGUGGAUACGGCAACGAACACCAUCGCGGCGGCUUUGAUAACUACGGCGGCUACGGCGGCGAGCACGGCGGCUAUGGCGGUGAGCACCACCGUGGUGGCUUUGACAACUACGGCGGUUUCGGCGGCGAGUAUGGUGGCUACGGCGACCGUGGCGGCUAUGGUGGUGAGCACCACCGUGGUGGCUUCAACAACUACGGCGGCUUCGGCGGUGAGCACGGCGGCUACGGCGGAAAUGGAGAGUUCGGCGGGCGUGGUGGUUUCGGUGGCGGUUUUGGCGGAGGCUACGGUGGCUUCGGCGGGAAUGGCGGCUUCAACGAGGGACAGGGCGGCCUCAACAACGGAGGACUCGGCGCCAACGAGCUCGGUCAAAAGGGGGCUCAAAAGGGAGGACUCGGCGUCAGCGUCAGCGUCACCCCCAGCAGCCUCAGCUCAGGAGCAAAUCAGGCCCUGAGCAAGAACAGCCGUCUGCAUGGGGAUAACCUCGACAGCCAGUUCAUUUCGGUCGAAAGCACAGAAGCCACCGCAUUCCAGGGAGCCGUUGACACGCUAGAAGCAGCUGCACUCCCUUCUGCGGAAGAGCAGCCAAAAACGGCCGAGUGAAUGCCCUAGGGUGGCUUACAGACAUCCUGGCAGGUAUUCGAUGGCAGGUGGUGCAGUGCUCUCGUAGUUAGGCAAGCGUGGUAGCAGCAAUCUGAGCCGAGGGUUUUGGGGUCUAGGACAAACUCGCCCACCGCAGUUAUUCGUUCGAUAGCUUCCUCGGCCGACUUUAGGUACCAUACUUAGCGUAAUACCCGAAUGCACCACAUGAAUUUGCUCUCAUGUCUCCCGUCGGUCAGUCUUUGUAUAUCCAAUGCUGUCUCCGUCUAUUUGACCAUUCAUUUGAAGGUUGAAAGCCAACCGGAAACCAUUGGAUGAAGCUGCAAAUGGUUGGGUGCUCCGUCCACGGGCGCUCGCAACUCUGUACACUCCGUAGAGUCCCGAAUUCUGCCAAUGUAUGGUAAGUAUG